AUUCAGUGCACUCACACAGAUCUUUGGAAUUCAGGCUCCACGAAGGCAAAAAGUGUGAUUUUUUCAUGCGGCGUCCAUUACUGAAGCGGCGAGUUUGCUAGCUAGACAUCUUUUUUAAUAAGAAGUCUUCAUUAAUAAGUGUGAUUGUAUCAAACUUCUAAGUAUUUGCUUUCUGUAUUUGGUGAUUGGCCGUAGUGUGUACAAAGCAAACUCGUGUGUCCGGAAAAAACCUGACGCGUAGGAAAGCAAAAUGCCGGCUUCCGGAACGUUUAAACUCUUCAUUGGCAAUGUCGAUGAAAAGACGCAACCCUCGGAUUUGCGUCCACUGUUCGAUAAGUACGGAACCGUAGUCGAAUGCGACGUGGUGAAGAAUUAUGGCUUCGUGCAUAUGGAAAAUGAGGAACAGGGUCGAGAUGCGAUUCAGAACCUGGACGGGUACGUGGUCAACGGUAAAGGAAUUAAAGUGGAAGCCGCCAGGAAUCGUCGCGCGCCGAAUUCAAAUACGACAAAAAUUUUCGUAGGCAAUUUGACCGACGUGACACGCGCUCCGCAGGUUCGCGAACUCUUUCAAAAAUACGGUACCGUCGUAGAGUGUGACAUCGUGCGGAACUACGGCUUCGUCCACCUGGAUCCGACCGGCGAUGUAAACGAAGCGAUUCGUGAGCUAAACGGAAUGAUGGUGGACGGGCAGCCGAUGAAAGUACAGGUGUCCACUAGCCGUGUGCGUCCGAAACCCGGUAUGGGUGAUCCGGAGCAAUGUUAUCGCUGCGGCCGUUCUGGUCAUUGGUCUAAGGAGUGUCCGCGUCUGCUCUGGUCCGAAAGUAGGUUCCGCGAUCGGCCGAUGUAUGCCAGGGAUCCGUAUCCACCGCCGCCGCCGCCACCGUUCCUUCGCGAUCGCAUUAUGGAUGGAUUUAGGGACACCUUCGACUAUUACGACCGGUAUGACGAUCCCAGAGACUUAUUCGAAAGGCGAUACGGAAUCCGGGGCCGUGAUUUUCCCCCCCUAAGAUCACGCGAGCCCAUGCCACCAAUUCCACCUCUUAUGCGUCGCAGUGCAGUUGAAAGCAGCCGCACCAGUAACUAUGACUCGAUCUUCAGUCGUCGUACUCCGCCACCGACCAGUCGCAACGGAAGCAGCAUUAGCCGUUUUGGUGUGUAUGAAGAUUUUAGCCGGGAUUCAUUUGAUGAUCGACGACAGGGAUUGAGAGGUCCAUCACCUACCCAUCGAUAUGCUCCGUACUGAAAUGAAUGGUGCAUCUGAACUGCAACGAUAAUGAAUAAUGGUAAUAGUUAAGAAACAACACGAACAAAUGAAGGAGAAUGUUCAUGUAAAAUGCAGUUAUAAACAUCAGUUUAUUAGAUUUACCACAGCUGCUAGUUUUUUUUCUCAAAUUUUUACAUAACUCGUGAGACAUUUGGGUUGUUUCACUGUCUAAACACACAGUGUGCAGUAAUGUCACACACUUUGCAGUAAAUAUUUUAUAUUAUAACCAGUUUAAAAAACAUGAAACAUUUGCAGUAACUUAACGUUUAUAAGUUUGAAUAAUUCUAAAUCGUUCUAUAACCGAAAAAUUAUUGAACAAAUUAUUUUACGAAAUAAAUCGUGGGAACAGAAGUAGCAUUUUUAGGUCAUGCCAAUAUCUAUUAGCAUGUUUCCAAACUAAUUGAUUUUACGCGAAUGGAUUUGAAAUAAGGUUUAAAGCCGAUAAUAAAAUCAUAAUUAUUAAAAUAUAAAUUGUACAAAA